UAAGUUUAUUACCAUUCGUAUGUGUAAUGGAACCAUUAAAUGUUAUGUGCAGUUUCAGGUAUUAAAUGCUCAAGGCCGGGGCUCAAGAACAACGAAUUCGAGAUUUUGAAAAGGGCUUCAGUAAAGUGAAGAUACACAUGUAAGCUCCACAACCUGUCUCCGUUUUACAGCUAGCUGUCAAGUCAUCAUGAUCGCCAAGUUGAUUCUUUGGAUGUCUGCUCUCAUCUGCUAAGGAGUGUUCUCUUGGAGAAGUGUUCUCUUCAACCCCUGACUGGUCCAUAAGAGAUAUAUUCUACGAUGGAGCUGGAGUGCACGUUUGACAUACAGAAAGAUAUCCUCCCGUAUGUACUUGGCAGGGGAGAGGAGGCUAACAAAAAAGGUCACUCAGAUAAGGACAUCACUGUGCGUGUGGUAGGUCAGGAGAGAGAUGGCACUCUGCUCUACACAUGGGAUGAUCUUGCACCAGUCGGUGUCAGUUAUGUACAGGUCACCCACAUUGGACUCUACGAUCCUGCUGAACAAAAAAAUGAAUGCCUCUUUGUGCAUGAUUGUAAGAUCGUGAUCACCAGCUGCUCCAUCAAUCAAGACCACAGUAUCCUGGCUUACGUCGUCAAGGAGACGCAGCCCGCAUCACCUCUGGGGCUGGGGGAGGAAGAUGCAGGGGCAUCCUCAUCGGCUACCACCUCACACCAAGUGCAAGAUGUGUACAGGGCAUUUCUUGCUGAGAUUCAACCUCAGCAUGCCAUCUUUGAUCUGAAUGUUGAGCGGUCUUCUCUGCUGCAUGUCCAAUUCCUUAGGCCAAGGUCAGCCCAGGGUCUUGCUGACCCCAUGACCUCUAUGGUCAAGGACUGUAGGCUAUUGGUCUUCCUUCACCGGGAAUCCAUUGGUCUGUACAGGGUACCCAUAGCAAGAAUGGGUAACAACAGUGUGGUAAUCAGCGGACCCCCAGAUGCCCAGCCUGUGGUUAGCCGUUUCCUGUGGGCCCAGUGGGAUGCACCUACCCAACGCCUCUUUGUCGUGCUCCAGCGGAAUCGUCUUCCCUCCGAGCCUGAACAGCUGGCCAUCUUCAGAUGCUAUGAGUUCACAGGUCAGGGGUCGCAGACAUCCUUCACCAAAAUGAUGGAAAUGGAGCUUCCUCCAGAUAUAAAGCUGACUUCCAGCAGGUAUUCAUAUGAUGUGCCCUCUCUUAGGAACACAAUUUCAGAUAAAUCCAUCAAUAUGUAUGUCAUCUGCCAGUCUGGAGGUUCACUCUGUAUAUGUUACCAGCUGCCUCAUAGGAAACUAGGUAGCUCUAAGCCAUCCUCGCGCCGUCAGAGCAAAUCCAAGCUCCAGAUUCCUCCAACUAUCCAAUCAGGGUCUGGACAAGAGGGUCAGGUCCAGAGAAGACCAGGCAGUCUGGACCUAUCCCAGUCAGCUGCACGUAGGGAUGACCCUGCAGGGCCUCAGUCCAACACCCCAGGUUCCACCGUGUCAUCCCCCACGCUAGCAUCCUUGGGUCGAAUGGCCACCCCUACAUCUCCCCUCAUGGACUCCUCCCUCACUUUGAGCUAUGAUUCCAUCACCAACAACGGUGCGGCCAGCCCACAGAGCUGGUCAACACUCAACGCUCUAUAUUCAGACUCUCUGACCAGCUCUAGGACAUCACUCGAUGGUCGCUUGAAUCAAAAGUUACCCGAGCCUGGAAGCCCUGCCACACCUAGGUCAUCAAGUCAGUUUGUUGAUGUCCAUUAUGUGGUAUUGGUCCUGCAUCAUAAGACUAUUUUGCACUGCAGUGUUCCUCAUCUUCAGAAAAGCAUUGCCAAACGAAUGCAGCUCUUCUUUGCUCCCAUGAAUGGAUACAUCAUGGCGUACUAUCCCGGUACCGUACUCCACCUCCUCAAUGUCAACCCGGAGAUGGAGCCUUGUCUCCACCUUGCCUUUGGGCCUCAGGAUGUGCCCUGGAUCCCUCUCUCUGGAGCUGAAUCAGAGAGAUCAAGAGCAGAGCAGCUUAAAAGCACCAGGCCUCUUCUCACACACUGCCAAAGGGAUAGAACAGUCAGUAAAUAUGAUGACAUACUGUUUGAUGGUCUGUCCGGACGCUGCUACCAACCAAUCAUCAAUAAAGACAAGCUCCCUCUGUUGUUGAUGGGCGACAGUCAGAUUCCCUUCAAGCUAGGUCUCCUACAUUUGGCUGUCAUCAAUCUCAAGGAUGCUACUCUAAACAAAAAGAUCAUUGAGAGCAUCACUCAAGAUGCCUUCCAGCUUGAGAUGCAGGACAUCCUUGCUGAAUUCCUCUUAGCUGGGACAUUCUCCUGUGUGAGACUCAAGUUGGAUAAAGAUAUUCUUAGAUAUCUACCAUUCACCAAAGUGGACCCCACGAAGACUGUCUUCAUUGAGACUCUAGAUGGCAGCAGAUUGUCCUGUGUCAAAGCAGUAGAGAAUAGGUACAUUCCAAAGAUAUUCCUAAGCAAGAAGGGACGUCGUGACAAACGUCUUGGUACGGAUGGUAACAGCGUCUUGUGGGACACCCUAGAGAGACAGAUCAGGAGGAAUCAAGAAUCAAUCAGGACUCCUAGCAAGAGGUUUGACACAAGGACAUUAACCGCGAAACUCAGAGAACAGGAACAAGCAAGUCAUAUACUUCGGAGUGAAGAGAAAGCUACGCUACCAUCCCAUCCCCAGAACUCACGGUCCUCCCUCCUCAAGAAAGUAGCUGCCUUCUCCAGGAGGGCACUCACACAGUCCAAGGAGGUCAAGCAGGUCAAACCCAAAGACCCACUCGCGGCUGUCAUGAUGGAAGACGACUCAACCAAGGAACCUGGCGAAGACACUAAUCAAAAUAAGCACAUUGAAAUGAUCCUGGAAGAAGUUGUGUCCUUCUUCCGAUCAAGGAUGCCAUUCCACAACCAGGAUCGACUUGAGAACUAUGCCUCAGAGUUUGUGAGCAGUCAGCUGCAGCACUUCAAGAUGAUGCUGUCUAUGCUGUUGACUGCCAACGGGUUCACUGAGAACGUUGAUGAUCUAGCCCAAGUUCCUCUAUGCAGUGGAGCAACAGAGAAUGAAAUCAAUCUAUUCCACAUGGUUGAGAGGCUUUUAGCUGCAGCACAGAACCUUUGCUUUCCCCUGCCUGUUGGGUUCAAGCACUUCAUCCUGUUCCUUGCCUACCGAUGCUUGGAUGCAGGGAUGUUCCUCCAGUACGUCAACCAAGGAGUCUUUGACGUCUCAGAGACCUUCAUGACUCGCAUGGUCAAAGAGGUCUCUGAUGAAGACAAGGCCAAUGUGGACCUCAAGAUGAAACUCAUACAAAAACUACCAAAGGCAUCUGCUGAUCGAGUUCUUAUGUCCUGGGAUCAUCCAUCAAGUAAUCUUAUCGUCGCGCAGCAGUAUUCUGCAUCUUGCCUUCAUGAUGGUGGUGAAUUUGGCCAGAGGAAUCUCAGUACAGCAAUGUUGCCCCAAACAAAACCUCAGAAAUCACGCAAGAAAAGCAUGGAAGCAGCCAUACCAGGAUUGGAAGCAGAAGAGGACUUCUUGGAUAUGAUUCCAAACUUCCCUCCACUCAACUACUUCAUGAAAUACAUCGAGGGAUCAGAGAAGAAUUGGCAGAAUUCAAGCCAGGCCAGAUUAGACAUCGGUCAGAAAGCAAACAGAACUCAGUUUGUAGGACGAGUAGCACUCCAAGCAUCAGUUGGGAGCCAUGGUUUAGAUCUUGGAGGGAUAGCUUUCUAGUUUGAUUAAUCAACCCAUUCCUUAGGUAAUGAAAAUACAGUCAAACUUGCUUUAGUGACCACCUGUCUACAAAGACCACAUUUUUUGUUUCCCUUGAAAGUCGUUUCUCAUUGAAACAUGUACUUAAGGAACCUGUCUACAAAGACCACUUGUCUACAAAGGCCACUAUUUUUGUUUCUCUUGGGCGGUCCCUAUAGACAGGUUUGACUGUAUGUUAAUAGUGAUUUAAUAGAUCCAGCCAGACUCACUACCAGUUGGGCAAGGUUUGACAUGGGUCAGAAAGCCAACAGAAUUCAGUUCAUAGAGCAAGUCGCCCUACAAUUAAGCCUCAGUUGGGAGCCAUAGUUAAGAUCUAGGAGGGAUAGCUUUCAAGUUUGGUUUGUCUACUUGUUCGAUCAAAAAUUAUUGGUGUAAUUAUCCAGACAAUUUUAGACUCAGACUCACUCCUAGUCAUGCUAAGAUAGACAGCAUAGGAACUUCAACAUUUCAUUGAACUCCACUUGUUUGGUUUGGGAUAACGUAUCAGGAAAUUAAGAGAAGUCCACAUUCAACAUUGUGUCUUUAAGGGUAAACGUGCUUAGUACAUUUACUAUAUUAGGAUAGAAUUGACCUUUAGAUAGGCUUCUAACAUUCCACACAUUCUUAUCACAUUUGCAAUCUCUAAUCCUCUUUUACUCAUAAAACACCCUUAAUGUGUUUGCUGACUUGCCCUCUCUUAAAAUGAUCUUGUUAGGGUUCAGAGUCCAUGUUGCUGAUUAAUACUUGUUUGUCGUGAAGUUUUUUUUAAUUAUUCUCUCUCAAACCUAGCCCAUUCCAAUUGCUAAUCUAAGGUAAUUUAUAUGAAAGACAUAAUAAUAAUAAUAAUUAUAAUAAUAAAAAUAAGCGCACAGGUGGUGCUGUCUAACUUAGUAUAAUUAUUUAACAUGUUCAAUAGUUUAAAAGCAACAACAAAAAUAUUACUAUUACAAUACAAUUCAGUUGAAUGGAAUUAACUACUUGUGUGCGCAUCCAGUAUACUAUAACUAAUGAUUUGUGAUGUGCUAUAUGCUUAUACCAAUUCCCGUGUAAAAAGUUCAGAAAUAGCUCCAUGUGAACAAAAAAGGUAGUUUAACACUGUGUGUAGUGUUAUUGAAUAUGUUCUUUUAUGUGCUUUUUUAUCACUCUUCUUCUGUCUCUUGCCAACUUCUUAUGAAAAUGUGCCUUUUUUAGUUCAGAAAUUAUGGCAAAAAUUUCCCAAGAUGUUUGUCAUUUCCUCAAGGGAUUUUAUCACAAGAACAUGAAAGCCUGUAUUAUCCUUUUCAUGUAAUUGCUGUAUGUCAGUGCAGUAAAAUUGCUUAAGACUAUUUAUUGUUUAUGUUAAUGUAAUGUAGAAUGGAAGUACUUAGCUAUUUAAAGUGAUCAAUAUUGAUGAUAUGAAAGCAAAAGUUUUAUAUGUUUAAAUGGUAAAUUAAUAAGGAAGUAGAAGUGACUAAUUAGUAUAUUAGACUGGAAAUAUAUCAUGUAUUGUUCUAGAGUAGUUAGUUGAUGCUACAUGUAGGUGUUGCAAAUGCUACCCACAUAUGUGCAAUAUUUAUGCUGUCUUGAAGAAGGCUUGACCUUUUUUGUAUUAUAUUUGGUGGCUCAUGAUUUUACUCAUAUUCAGAUUAAGCAUUACCAAAGAAGAUUUUUAAGAAAUAUUUAUAAAAAACAGCUACAGGAGUAGUAGUUGUAGUACAUGUAGGAGAAUUUGUUGGAUAUAUGUUGAUCAUUCUCUACGAUAUCAAAGGAGUACAAGGAGAUAUACCGAAUUUAUUUGUUCCACAUCAUUUCGUCUGCUAAGAUCCAGAAGGGUACCCAUACAGAAAAGAUACAGUUUAUUGCCCUCAUCGCUCUCACUAGACUAUUUCAUCAACAGGAUACUGUCAUAUGCAGCCUACACACUCAAAAUAAAUGACAUUCAAACUCAUUUUCUCACAAGUUUUCAAGUCAUAGUCGUAUAUUUCACAAAUAAAAUUCUUUCAAAGAACAUACGGUACUCAAACUAAAAUAUUUAUAUAGACAACUGUAUAAAAGAUGGUCUUAUACUAUCACGUCACUGUACAAAAACUUUUUUUUUGUUAUAGACUGUGAAGACAAAAUUAGUGCCGUAGAAAUCAAUGACCUGAAAUUAAUAAAUUUACAAAAUGAUCCAUACAAAAUCCAUAUACUUUAUGGAUUGAAUGUUUAACUGAUUUAUUGCCUACUGAUUAUUGGAGUAACAAACUGUAUUGAUGUUGCAUUCAUCAUACUAAUGGAUGAAUUUUUAUUCCUUUCAUGUUACAUAUAAAGCUUUUCAUGUGUAAUCUAAUUGCUUGGGAUGCUUCAAAUCACAACAACAGCUAAAGAAGUCAAGAUAUAUGUACUUAUUGUCAGUUUUACUAAAUCAGAAAAUGUCUCCUGUGGAAUGCCAUGUCUAUGCUUCUUAAAGUAUUCGCUAUACAUGUAUGUAAUAAAACCUGAAAUAUGCAAACA